AUGAACUUGAAUAGCAAUCAAGAAGUUCAAGCAGCUGACGAAGGACGAAAAAAUGAUCUUUUUGUGCACUUCGUGCCGUGCAAAGUUGAGCUGGGAGAUCCGGACAUAAAUGAUUUCGUGAAUGAAAUUGGAGAUCUUCAUGGAAGUACAAUGAUUGUGUCCAAUACGAUACCGGCAAAAAACCUUAGCGUUCUGUACGAACAGCCCAUGAAGAAUGUGGUUGGUGAAGAUCAGAAAGAAGACUUGGCUAGCAGAAUUGCAAUAUUCGGGAAAUAUUGCGGUCAGCACAAGGCGAAUUGGUUACCACUGAAGUCUCUGUCUAGAACCUUGUUAGAAAUGCAAUGA